AUGAAGUGGAACAUUGGUACCACCGCUUCGUCCUCCUCCUCGACCCCCCUCCUCCCGGCUAACCAUCCCGCCUUCCUCUCAACCUCCCGGUCAGGUGGCACCCCACCUGCCGGAUGCCCCAUGCACAACUCCCCACCCGCCAUCACACCCGCCACUCCCUCCCCCUCGAUCCCGCGAGCCAAAGCCGCCGAGUGCCCUAUACCGCACGACCAGCGUGCCUUGCACCCCCUAAACCGGAUUCCGCUCGGUCUGUCAGCGACGGAAAAGGCGCCGGGGCAGGUCCUGGACUUGCCUACUGAGCGGGAGGUCUCGUCCAUCCCCCGCCCGCAGCAUGUAGGGGACGGGGAGGACCUAUUGCCAGAGGAUAGGCAUGAUGGGAAGUGGGAGUACCCGUCGCCGCAGCAAUUCUACAAUGCAUUGGUCAGGAAGGGAUGGGAGACGCCAGAAGAGAGUAUAGAGAUGGUGGUGGCGAUCCACAACUUUUUGAAUGAGCGGGCAUGGGAGGAGGUCAUGGCCUGGGAGAAGCGUUUACCUGGAGGUGAACAUGCACAAUUGGCACGGUUCGAGGGGAAACCAGGCGACCUCUCGCCAAAAGCACGGAUGCACCUCUGGGCGGGCAAAGUCUUCCCCUCCAUGUUCAACACGGAGCCCCCCUUUGACAGGCACGACUGGAUCGUCACCCGGCCAGAUCCAAACGGGACUGCCGAGCCACCAUCGGCGCCAUCACCGUUCGCAGCGGCGACGCGGACAUCGACGACACGCUAUGUCAUUGACUACUAUGAUGCAGGGAAGGACGAGGACGGGAUGCCGGUGUUCUCGUUGGAUGUGCGGCCGGCGCUGGAUAGCUUCCAGAGCGUGUCGGAGAGGGUCAAAGUGGGCGUGGAGGAGUGGAUGCGGGGACAGAGCGGGACGGCAUGA